CACGUGGCUGCCCACUGUCUCAACGAUGCUCUUUCUGCAGAUAUUGUCGAUCCUUUCACUCUUAGUGUUCCCUACUGCCCAUGCCGGCAGCAACAAUUUCGGCGAUUCCUGCUCCCAGGGCGACAAUCGCCUCCAAGCUGGCACCUACCAAUUCUACAGCGACUGCAAUUCUCAGACCUACUGUGCUUCCAACUCGACAUGCGCCCACAAAGGGUGCAGAAAGGACGAUUUUCCCUUUGGAUAUACGAACCCUGAUUCAUUCCCUCCCAAGUGCUCUCGCGGCCAGUUCUGCCCCGACGAGCAGGACCAGUGUUUAGAUGUCCUUGCUGUUGGCAGCCCUUGUCAGCUCAAUAGAGAUGACCAAUGUGAAGGACCUCCCAACUUCAAAGAGCUCGCCGACGAGAGCAACCUCGGCCUCAACGUCAAUGGAUCCGUCUGUCUCAACAACAUUUGCAUGUGGGCCAACGUGACUGAAGGUGGAACCUGCGUGGUCGAGAACACGGCCUACAUCGCGUAUGGAACCAAUCAAGAGUACAUCGACAUCGUAUCUCGCGGUAACUGUCGCUUAGGUCUGUACUGCGAUUCUCAGCAGCUUAUAUGUAUCAAGAACAAGGAUCUCGGUCAAAGUUGUGACGCCGAUAAAGAGUGCUCCACGUACAACUGCCUCAGCUCUGGUAUUUGUGGCGAAAGCCCAAGAACGCCACGUCAUUUUGGUGCUUGGGUAUAUGUGAUUGUAUGCAUUGGUGUUUUCGGAGGCAUGUUUGGUACACUCUUUGGAUUGUUCUUCUUGCAUCGGUCACAAAGAGAACAAGAGAGAGAAAAACGAAUGCAGUAUUGGAAAGAGCAGAAUGCUUUCCAUCAAAGUCUCGCUCAGAUGCGCGAAGCCGCCCGCAACUCGAUUAUGUCUCUGGGAAACAGUACUCGCAGCACGAUGUACAGCCGCGACGGUGGGAAUUCCGACGAUUCCCAUCAGCCCAUUCUCCAGCAUGGUGGCCCGAAGGCAUCAAAUUUGCGACAUGUUGCUGACGAUGGGAGCCUUUACGACGAGGGUCUUGCGCAAAGGAGAGACGAUGGACGCUUUUAGAUUAAUAAACACUACGUUGUAGUUGACCGUUUUUUUUU